AUGUUUGAAUUAGAUCCUUUCACAAAUUACGAGACUUUUUUCCAUUCGGGCUACCAGACUGAAAAUAUUGACUUUGAUUCUGCUGGUUCCUUCCCUGAAAGAACUUGUUACUAUGGCUGCUCAGAUAAGGAUGGUUGGGGACCACUUUCAUUGAAGUAUGCAGAUUUUACACCAUGCUUUCUUCAAGGACUUGUUUGCACUGUUGUGGCAGUUGUCACUAUCGGAUUGGCAAUUUCUCAGGCUGUGAAGCUUCAUAAGAACUUUAGGAAGAAUAGGUAUAGUAAUAGAGUAACUGGCUACUUCUUAGUUAAGCUCGGGUUAAUCGGGUUAAUGUUUUUCAUCCAAUUGCACCUUACUAUAACGAUUUCCAGGAGAGAUAGCGUAUUCGUUGGUCAUAUUGCAAAUGCUAUUGGUUUGCUUUUCGUUCUAGCACUACUGGUUGUUCAACAUUUCACUUCCCCAAUUUCCAAUGGGGUCGUCUUAUUCUACUGGCUCUGGGAAAUAUUCUUCAAUUUAGCAAGGGUCUAUGGGUUGGUUUUAAGAGACCAGUUUCAAAAGGAUGGAACUUUACUGUAUAACAUAGCAUGUGUAUUUAACUUGGUAUUGCCAUGUAUGAUUUUAUUUGCAGAAUUGUAUUUCCCAGUUAUUCCACUUCGUUUAACCUCAAAGAGGUCAGCUGUUUCCCCGUAUGACAAUGCAAAUGUUUUCGCUCGUAUUAGUUUCAGUUGGAUGGACAAUUUAAUGAAAAAGGGAUACGCUACGUAUUUAACUGAGGAUGAUUUACCACCACUUCCAAUGGAAAUUGAGGCUGGGAUGACUUCAUCCGAAUUCGGUAAGCAAUGGGACUCCCAAAUCUCUCAGCACAAGAGCCCCACACUCUUCAAGGCAGUUGCAAAAGCAUUUGGUGGUGAAUUUGCUCUUGGAGGUGUUUUCAAAAUGGUCAUGGACCUCCUUGGGUUUGUCCAACCUCAACUUUUAAGAAUGUUGAUUAGAUUUGUGAAUGAAUAUUCAGACAAAAAGAACCAUGGAGCUCAACCAAUAAAUAAAGGUUUCAUGAUUGCACUUGCAAUGUUUGUUGUAUCUGCAUCCCAAACUUUUUUUGCUCAUCAGUACUACCAAAGGGCUUUUGACUUGGGAAUGAAGAUUAAGACAGCGCUCACCUCUCGCAUUUACGCCAAAUCAUUAAUACUUUCAAAUGAAACUAGGCUAAAGACAAGUACUGGAGAUAUUGUUAAUAUUAUGGCCGUUGAUGUUCAGAGAUUGCAGGAUUUGGUUCAAAACGUUCAAAUGAUAUGGUCUGGGCCUUUCCAAAUAGCCAUUUGUUUGAUCUCUUUGUAUAAUCUUUUAGGAUCACUGGCUUGGAUUGCCUUGGUUGUAAUGCUCUUUUUGAUUCCGGUAAAUGCCUCAAUUGCUAGAACUCAAAAGAAAUUACAAAGAGUCCAAAUGAAGAACAAAGAUGAAAGGUCGAGCUUAAUAAGUGAAAUUAUCAACAAUAUCAAAACAUUAAAAUUCUAUGACUGGGGUGGAGCUUAUCUUGAAAAAUUGACUUACGUUAGGAAUGAAAAGGAAUUGAAAAACUUGAAGACAAUAGGUAUAUUUUCGGCAAUUUCCACUUUCACAGCAAACUUAUCACCAUUUCUCGUUAGUUGUACAACAUUUGGAAUAUUUGUACUUCUUGGUGGCAAAAAGAAUGUAUUGCUGACGGAUAUAGUGUUCCCUGCUUUGUCUUUAUUUAACUUGCUUAAUUUGCCAUUGAGUGUGUUACCUGUAGCUAUUUCAAACAUUAUUGAAUGCCAGGUUUCAAUUACGAGAAUUACGGAUUUCUUAACUUCCAAUGAAAUUCAGAAGAAAGCUGUCAUUAGAUUACCAAGAGUUGAAGAAAUAGGAAGCAGCACUAUUAAGUUGAGUAAUGCCAACUUCAAAUGGACUUCAGCUCCUGAAGCACCUCCCGCAUUGACUGGAAUAAAUAUGGAUUUCAAGAAGGGUAACUUGGAUUGCAUUGUAGGUAGAGUUGGAAGUGGAAAAUCUGCAAUUUUACAAGCCAUUUUAGGUGACCUUCAUAAAAGUAGUGGUAAAGUGGAAGUACAUGGUACUAUUGCUUACGUUUCCCAAGUUCCAUGGAUUAUUAAUGGGUCCGUCAGGGACAAUAUAUUAUUCGGACAUAGAUUUGAUUCGAAAUGGUAUCAAAAGGUUUUGAAUGCUUGCUCAUUGAAUGCAGACCUCUUACAAUUAGCGGAUGGUGAUCAGACAGAAGUUGGAGAGAAAGGAAUUUCCUUAAGUGGGGGCCAAAAGGCAAGAUUAGCUUUGGCUAGAGCAGUUUACUCAGGAGCUGACAAUUACAUUUUCGAUGACACCUUGAGUGCAGUUGAUGAACACGUUGGGAAGCACCUCAUGGAUCAUGUUUUUGGUCCAAGUGGAAUUUUGCAAAGUAAAUGCAGAAUUUUAGCGACAAACAAUAUAAGAGUACUUGGUUUGUCAAAUUGCAUCCACUUAGUCGAAGGUGGUAAGAUUGUGGAACAAAACUCAUAUUUAAGUGUUAUUCUGAAAACUAAUCCAUCUUCUCUUUCAAAAUUGAUUCAAGAAUUUGGCAAGAAAAAAAGAGAAGAUAGAUUGACGUCUGGCGAAGAAUCUACAGCUGCCUCAAGUGCAGCUUCUAUUGUGAAGGAUGCUGAUGAAUAUACUUCUAGAAGAGGCUCAGUUAUUGAAUCUCGCUUAACAGAUCACUAUUCUGAUGAUGAAGAAACAAAUCUGGGAAUACAGGACAUAGAGAAUUUGAUUGCAAUUGAAGCAGCAGACAACAGUGCAAUGAAAUCUACUAAAGAGGAUUUAAGAAAGGAGCACGUAGAGCAAGGAAAAGUUUUGUGGGACGUCUAUUUUGCGUAUGUAAAAGCUUGUAAUCCAAAAGGAGUUUUGGUAUUUUUGUCCGCAACUGUUAUUGCUAUGGUUCUUUCCGUGUCCUCCAAUGUUUGGUUGAAGCACUGGUCUGAGAUUAAUACUAAACUUGGUUAUAAUCCUCGAGCAGGGAUCUAUUUAUUUAUCUAUAUCUUACUCGGGCUUGGAUCGUCCAUCUUUUCGCUAAUCCAAACAUGUAUUCUAUGGAUAUAUUGCACCAUCGAAGGGUCUAAAACAUUGCACAGUAAUAUGGCUCUUAGCGUAAUUCGUUCACCAAUGUCAUUCUUUGAAACUACUCCUACUGGCAGAAUCUUAAAUAGAUUCUCUAACGACAUCUACAAAGUUGACGAACAAAUGGGUAGAGUUUUCGGAAUGUUUUUCACUAACCUUGCAAAGGUUUUGUUCACAUUAAUUGUUAUUUGCUUUUCCACAUGGCCAUUCAUAUUCGUCAUAAUUCCCCUUUGUCUAUUCUACUACCAUACUCAGCAAUAUUAUCUCAGAACAUCAAGGGAAUUAAGAAGAUUGGAUUCAGUAUCUCGUUCACCAAUAUUUUCAAACUUUCAAGAAUCAUUGAACGGUGUAUCUGUCAUUAGAGCUUAUGGUCAGACUGAUAGAUUCAAACAGCACAAUCGUAUUUUAAUUGAUACAAACAUGAAAGCCUUCAACCCUGCAAUCAAUGCAAACCGUUGGUUAGCAGUGAGGUUGGAAUUCUUAGGAUCCUUGAUUAUAUUUGGAGCUUCAGGUUUGUCUGUACUUUCUUUGAAGAAUGGUGGCAUGACUGCAGGUUUAGUAGGAUUAUCUGUUUCAUACGCACUUCAAAUUACCAAAGCUCUCGGAACAAUUGUGAGAAUGACAGUAGAAGUUGAAACUAAUAUAGUUUCUGUGGAAAGGAUCUUAGAAUAUUCCUGUCUCACCCCAGAGGCACCUCAAAUUAUUGAAAAUAAUAGACCAGCUACCUCAUGGCCAGAAUCUGGUGCAAUUGUUUUUGAAAAUUACCUGACAAGAUAUAGGGCAGACUUAGACUAUGUCUUAAAAGACUUAAAAUUAUCAAUAGCACCAAAAGAAAAGAUUGGAAUAGUAGGAAGAACUGGUGCAGGGAAAUCUUCUAUUACCUUGGCUCUCUUCCGCUUACUUGAAGCAGCCGAAGGGGAUAUAAAUGUUGAUGGUCAUGAUAUCAGUAAAUUGGGAUUGUCAGAUUUGAGAAGUAAUUUAUCUAUCAUUCCUCAAGAUUCACAAAUAUUCCAGGGUUCUGUUCGAACGAAUUUGGAUCCAACCAAUGCACACGAAGAUGAAUAUCUCUGGAAAGUUCUUAAGUUGGCUCAUCUUAAAGACCACAUUCUCAAAAUGAAUGAUGAAAGUCCAGAACCUCACAAAUCCGCUCUUGAUAUUAUUUUGAGCGAAGGUGGAUCCAAUUUAUCCGCUGGUCAAAGACAAUUGAUGUGCUUAGCAAGAGCUCUAUUAGUUGAAUCAACGGUAUUAGUGCUUGACGAAGCAACUGCAGCUGUAGACGUUGAAACAGAUCAAGUCUUGCAGGAAACUAUCAGAGUCGAAUUUCAAGAUAGGACAACUUUAACAAUUGCUCACAGAUUGAAUACAAUUUUGAAUAGCGAUCGUAUUAUUGUAUUGGAUAAAGGGCAAGUUGCAGAAUUUGACACUCCUCAAAAUUUAUUAAAUAAUCCAAAUAGUUUGUUUUAUUCACUUUGUGAGGAGGGUGGAUUUACAAAUAAGUAG